AUGUCGACAGCAGAAUUAGGAUUCGAUCCUACUCUUAAAAAGAAGAAGAAGAAGAAAGUUUUAGACGAUUCUUCAAGUGCGCCAUCAACUGAUAAAUUAGAUGAUUUAUUUGCCGGUGCAAAAAAGAAGAAGAAAUCGAAGGCCAAGAAAUCCGCAACUGAAGGGGAAGAUGUUGACGAUCUGACGAAGGCAUUCGAGGGCAUAAAGUUGAAGAAGCAUCAUCACAAAAAGAAGAAGAAAGCAUCAAAACUAAAUGAAAGUGCAGAUUUCGAAAAAGCAUUGGCUGCAGCAGGUGUUCAUGAGGAGGAUAGUAGAAAGUUGUAUGAUGAAAAACAAAAGGAAACGUUUAUUCCUUAUUCCUCACUUUUGGAUAGAUUUUACACGAUAUUGAACGAAAAGAAUCCGGAAAUGGCUGGCGGACAACAUCACAAGUUAAAGAUUCCACCACCUGAAGUUGCAAGAGAUGGAAAUAAGAAGACGGUAUUUGUGAAUGUCCAAGUGAUUGCCCACGUGUUACAAAGAAACCCAGAACAUCUCAUUCAGUAUCUUUUUGCCGAGUUGGGUACCUCUGGUUCUAUUGAUGGUGAGAAGAGAUUAAUUAUUAAAGGUCGUUUCCAGUCAAAGAAUAUUGAAAGUGUGUUGAGAAGAUAUAUUCAGGAAUAUGUGAUUUGCAAGACUUGUAAGUCUAUGAACACGGAACUCAAGAGAGAGAGUGCCAACAGAUUACACUUUAUUGUUUGUAAGGCUUGCGGUUCGACUAAAUCUGUCGCCUCCAUUAAGACCGGUUACCAGGCUCAUAUUGGUGCCAACAGAAGAAAGAAAUUCUAA